AUGCAGCAGUUGUCAAUCGAUGAGCAGGCAUCGCUUCCCAUUGGAUCAGAAAUCCUUCGGCGCGAUUUUUACGUGGAUGAUCUUAUCUCCGGCUCCGGCACGGUAAAGGAUGCUAUCAGCAUAAUGCAGCAGACGGCUGGCAUUCUUGCAAAGGGCAAGCUCAAGCUAAGGAAAUGGUGCUUUAACAUUCCGCUUGUGCUGGAGGGUGUGCCCGCCGAGGACAAGGAGUCAUUCAUGAAGUUUGAAGAUGGUAGCGAUUUCACCAAAACUUUAGGUCUCGCUUUGGAUCCCGCCUCCGACCAGCUAUUGUUUUCGUUCUCUGCCUUUCUGUCGCCAUUGAGACCCUGCAGGCGCUCUAUUUUGUCUGCGAUUGCUAAAUUUUACGAUCCUCUCGGACUGGUCGGUACGGUAAUCACAAGGUGA